GAGAGUGAAACGAAGGACUACAAUUCUAAACUCUAUACCAAGAAAACUGAUACUUUAAAAAUGGCCAGAAUUCUUGAUAUUUUAUUUUUUGUUUACUUUUUAACGCAUAUUCCUAUUGCACUGUUAGUAGAUUUUCAGGCGUUGAUUCCUUCACAGUUUUUUCCUCAACAGUUGGUAGCCUUGAGAGAAUGGUACUGCCGCGAGUACAGGGAUCCCAUGAUGAUGGCCCCGCCCAUCUGGUACCAGUCUCUCAUAUUCUGUGAGCUCUUUCAGUUCUUCUUCUUCUUUGUGGCAUCCUAUGGAUUCUUCAAAGGUGCCAAGCAGUGCAAAUGGUUGCGCUGGCCGUGCGUGGUGUACGGGUCACACGUAGUGACCACCCUCAUCCCCAUCAUCGCUCACGUCCUGUUCUACGAUUUCUCCAAGGAGAAGUUUGCUGGGCCAAGGAACAUGAAGGAGCGCUUAACUCUGUUGUCCUUUUACAGUCCGUACUUCUUCAUCCCCAUCUUACUGCUGCUGGACACCCUCUUCAGCUCGGUCUACCAGACAACACCACAGCAGCAACACAAGACACAGCAACAACAGAAGACACAGCAGGCGCAGAAGAAGAAAGUUAAAUAAGUUUUAUUGUCUUGUACUGUCAUGGUUUAAAUUGGGAAGUUAAAAAAUUUUUGCCACUGAGUUUUCAUUUAGUUUUGAUGUGAGCAGUAUUUAAAUCCCUUUUUACAAUCAUUCUUUUUCAGUAGAGAGUUUUACAAUGUUUUAAUACAUUUUAGUGGUUAUUUAGAUUAAAAAUAUUUUUUAAUAUCACUAAUUACUGUCAUUUAACCUGAGUGGGUCAUUAAAAACAAUUAAUGUACGUUAAUGUUAUAUAGAAAUAUUCUUUGUUUAAACCAGCUGUCUGGUUGAAUAUAUUAUUCUUCAGUGAUUGUUCCUGUUCUUGUCCUUGUGUUUAUUUAAUCCAUGUUUUUCAUCGGUCUCUGUUGAUUCCAGUGUCAUAGUAGUUUAUUCCCCUUAAAUUUGAGAGACCUAAUUGUGUGAUGACUUUCUGUAUGUAUUGAUUCCAUAGCAACCUUCAAAUAAUAAUUGGAUUUUAAACCAUUAACAUCUGAGUUCAGUACAGGGAACUUAGAUUAUUUUU